CUACAGACACACACAACCCCCACACACUCCAGUACACACCCCACACACACACCACUACAGGUAACACACACACACAACUUCACACCCCCCCCCUACAGGUACCAACACCCACACCCACAACACACACAAACACCACAACACACACCCCACACACACCCAGUAACCACCACACAAACCACAAACCCACAACUCAUGACCCACACCCAACCCACACACCACCACAGUACACCCACCCAAAAACAUAGGUACACACCCCCCCCCUCUCCCAAACCCCCCCCCCCCCCCCCCUCUCCCCCCCCCCUUGCCCCCCCCCCCCCCUUUCCCCACCCCCCCCCUCUUCCCCCCCCACCCCCCCCUCCCUCCCCCCCCCCCUCACACCCACUCACUACUCCCCCACACACCCACAGCCUACAGGUCCCACCCACCACACACUAGGACCACCACCCUACCACUGGUCCCCCACCCCCACAACCCCAGUCACAUCAACCACACCUCCCAACACCACUACGUCACACACACCAACCCACCCCUCACCCCACACCCACACCUACCGCUACUACAACCCCCACACACACACAACACACACUACAUCAUACCACUAGCUACGGUACACACCAAUCAUUUGAUCUGUCUCCCUCCUCCUCUCUGCCUCCUCUCCCUCUCCCUCUCCCUCUCUCCUCCCUCUCUCUCUCUCUCCCUCUCCUCUCCCCUCUCUUCCCUCUCCCUCCCUUUUCCCUCUCCCCUCUCUCCAUCCUCCCCCUCUCCUCCUCUCCCUCCCCCUUCUCUCUCUCCCUCCCCUCUCCUCCUCUCUCUCCUCUUCCUCUCUCCUCCUCUCUCCUCUGUCUCCCUCUCAUCUCUCUCGCCUCUCCUCUCUCUCUCCCCCUCUCUCCCUCCUCUCUCUCUCCCUCUCUCUCCCCUCCCUCUCCCUCCCUCCCCUCUCUCUCUCUCCCCCCGCCUCUCUCCUCCUCUCCUCCCUUUUCUCCCCUCUCCUCGCGUCCUCUCCCCCCUCCAUCUCCCCCCUCUCCUCUCUCCCCCUCCCUCCCCUCUCCCUUCCCCCCCUCUCUCUCCCCUCCCCCUCUCCCUCUCCCUCUCCCUCUCUCUCUCCCCCCCCUCUCUUCUCCUCCUCCCUCUCUCCUCUCUCCCCCUCCCCUCCCUCUCUCUCUCUCUCUCUCUCUCUCCUGUCUCCUCUCCCUCUCUCUCCCCCUCUCUCCCCCCUCCUCUCCCCCCCUCUCUCUCCCCCCUGUCUCUCCCCUCUCUCUCUCUCUCCCCCCUCGCUCUCUCCCCCUCUCCUCUCCCCCCUCUCCCCUCCCUCUCCCCUCUCCUCUCUCCCCUCCUCUCUCCCUCUCUCUCUCCUCUCCCCCCUCUCUCCUUCUCCCUCUCCCCCCCCUCCCCCUCUCCCCCUCUCUCUCUCCCCCUCUCCCCUCCUCCCCUCCUCCCUCUCCCCUCCCCCUCUCUCCUCUCUCCCCCCCUCUCUCUCUCUCUCUCCCCUCUCUCUCUCUCUCCCCCUCUCUCUCUCCCUCCCUCUCUCUCUCUCUCUCCUCUAUCGCGCUCUCCCUCUCCACCCCUCUCCUCUCCCUCUCCCCCCUCUCUCUCCCUCUCCCCUCCAACCCCCUCUCUCUCUCUCUCUCCCCCUCUCUCUCUCUCUCCAGGUUUACUGAGCCUAAGCCAG